ACCCCGUUAACACAACUGUACAGAAUGUUUUGCACAUAGUUGAUACAUUUGUUGAAUUUAACUGUUUCCGAUAUACCACUUACAAAGUUACAAUGAAGGACUUAGGAGCUAGGCCUUUCCAAACGUUGCUGUUUCUAGAGGAUUCAUUUAUUCCUAACAGGGAUUAAUGAGUUCAGAGAGUCAGUGACGUCAGAAAACUUGUUCUGUUGUGACUUACAUCAAGCAGGGGCGCAGGAUGAGUUUCUUUGCGAAGGUCUUUGUCGCGAUGCCCUUCGGGAGUUGUAGUCUUUGCGGUGCUUGCUGGGAAUCGUGGUCUGAGCCAACACCAGGAAGCGGGCGUGGACUAACUCAGUGCCUGGCGGGUUUUAGGACCCGGGGAAGCGCGGCUGACGAGGGAAGGGUCGCGGAGGUCGGGAGCGCGCCCGUGAACUCCGAGCCUCGGUGGCGUCGGUGGUGUCGGGAGCGAGCGGGCCCGGGAGCGGCGCGGGUAGUGGAGGAGGAGCCGGGGGCUGGUGCUGGGGAUGGAACCUAGGACCACAUGCUAGGUUUUCUGACCAUGGCACAAGUAGAAAAACGUGGAGGUUUGCUCCGGAAAUCUUCAGCCUCCAAAAAACCACUAAAGGAAAAAGUGGUACUGAUGUAUGAUGAGAUCUUCAUGACAGAGGACCCUAGUAAAUGCAGUCCUCGGUUUUGGGAGGAACUCUUUCUCAUGAAGGUGAAUUUAGAGUAUCUAGAAGGCAAGCUGGAAUCUCUUGAUGGUGAGGAAUUAAUGAAGAUCAAAGACAAUAUUAAUAGUUUAUUUCAACACUGCAUCCAGGCUCUGGGAGAGGAGCAUCCAAUUCGAGUGGUCAAUGCAUUGCAGACAUUGUGUGCACUUAUUCGAGGAGUUCACCAAAAGAACAAAUCUACUUCUGGGUUUGACAUUAUCAACAUGCUGAUGGGCUUUGACAAGGCAGAGCUGUGCAUGAAGAACUUGAUGGAAAGUUUGGAUUCAUUGCUUUGUGCAGAAGGUUCUGAAAGUCUGAAGAGCUUAUGUCUGAAACUUCUUCUUUGCUUAGUGACGGUGACAGACAACAUUAGCCAGAACACUAUCCUGGAGUAUGUAAUGAUCAACAGCAUAUUUGAAGCAAUUUUACAGAUACUUUCCCAUCCCCCAAGUCGUAGGGAGCAUGGAUAUGAUGCUGUUGUCCUCUUGGCUUUGCUGGUAAACUACAGAAAGUAUGAGUCUGUGAAUCCUUAUAUCGUGAAGCUGUCUAUUGUGGAUGAUGAGGCUACACUCAAUGGAAUGGGGCUUGUGAUUGCUCAGGCUUUGUCUGAAUACAACAGGCAGUAUAAAGACAAAGAAGAAGAACACCAGAGUGGGUUUUUCUCUGCCUUAACAAAUAUGGUGGGCAGUAUGUUCAUAGCAGAUGCCCAUGAGAAAAUCUCAGUACAAACCAAUGAGGCCAUUCUUCUGGCACUUUAUGAAGCUGUUCAUUUAAAUCGCAACUUCAUCACAGUAUUAGCUCAGAGUCAUCCAGAAAUAGGGUUGGUGACAACCCCUGUCAGUCCCACUCCAACAACCCCAGUCACACCACUUGGGACCACACCACCUUCCUCUGAUGUUAUAAGUUCUGUGGAACUCCCACUGGAUGCAGAUGUACAGACCAGUAAUCUACUGAUAACCUUCUUAAAGUAUAGCUCAAUUGUCAUGCAGGACACUAAAGAUGAACACAGGCUUCACAGUGGCAAGCUCUGUCUGAUUAUCCUUACGUGUAUUGCAGAGGAUCAGUAUGCCAAUGCAUUUUUACAUGAUGACAACAUGAAUUUUCGAGUAAAUUUACAUAGAAUGCCUAUGAGACACCGGAAGAAGGCAGCAGACAAGAACCUUCCCUGCCGUCCUUUAGUAUGUGCAGUACUGGACCUGAUGGUAGAGUUUAUUGUAACACACAUGAUGAAAGAGUUUCCUAUGGAUCUCUAUGUACGCUGCAUUCAGGUAGUACAUAAACUGCUUUGUUACCAGAAGAAGUGUAGAGUUCGCCUGCACUAUACCUGGCGGGAACUCUGGUCAGCCUUGAUAAAUUUGCUGAAGUUCCUUAUGUCAAAUGAAACUGUACUUUUGGCCAAACACAACAUUUUUACAUUAGCCCUUAUGAUUGUGAACCUCUUUAAUAUGUUUAUCACCUAUGGAGACACAUUCCUGCCAACUCCCAGCAGCUACGAUGAACUUUACUAUGAGAUUAUCCGCAUGCACCAGAGCUUUGACAACCUCUAUUCCAUGGUUCUUAGGCUUUCUACCAACGCAGGCCAGUGGAAGGAAGCAGCUAGCAAGGUGACCCACGCCUUGGUUAAUAUCAGAGCCAUCAUCAACCACUUUAAUCCCAAAAUUGAGUCCUAUGCUGCAGUGAAUCAUAUAUCUCAACUGUCGGAGGAGCAGGUGCUAGAAGUAGUACGAGCCAACUAUGAUACACUCACACUGAAGCUGCAGGAUGGCCUGGACCAGUAUGAGCGCUACUCUGAGCAGCACAAGGAAGCUGCUUUCUUCAAAGAGCUGGUUCGAUCCAUUAGCACCAACGUCCGGAGGAACCUUGCCUUCCACACACUCAGCCAGGAGGUCCUGCUAAAAGAGUUCUCUACCAUCUCCUGAGGCCACACUCAGCUGAGACACUGAUUGCCCUUACCGAUGAGGCUCCUGGACUGGAAGGGGCGUGGGGCUACCUCUGUGAUUGGAGAGAGCGCAGAAACCCAGUCUCUUGGUGAAGGCUACACUUCAGUGGAGCUUGGACAACAGGGGCAAGCCAAGGAUGAUUUUAUUUGGGGAGAAAUGGGUGGGCAAAGGGAGAGGUGUCCCAAGAAUGUGAGCCUUCCAGGCUAGGCACCCUGGAUACUUCACAUUUCCAAAUGAGAUUACAAGUUUUGGCUUCUGACCUAAUCUUCAGGAGCUGGCAGGGCAAGCCUCAGGUUUUGCCAACAUCUUGAAGGCCAAUGGCUUUCCUUGGCCUCUGAAAACAGAUCAGUUCUCACAUAUAGCUGAACAGCACCCUGCAUCCUCUAGACCUAGGGCUGAGUUGGGUUUGAAAUCUGUGUCCCCUAUGCCCUCCCAGGCCCCCCACCCCUCUCUAUCCUGUCACUAGCACCCUUAGCUUAGAGUAGGGUUGGGGCACCUUCUUUCUGUUUUCUAAAUUCAAAGUUGACUCCUCUAAGAAAUUGGAGAUUGGAGUCUGUCUGGUGCUCUUGCUGUCUGGCCAUCACUUUGUGGAUUUUCUUUUGGGGACUAAGACUGUCACUGUUCGCUUUUCCCUGCCUUCCAGUCCAUUGACUUAUCAGCACAACAGGCACACAACUUAGCCUUUCAUUUUUAGUCUGUUUUAAACUGUCUCAAGGUGUAUGUGAAAUAAACAUUGACAGGUUUUCUGGAGCCCUCAAGGUGCCUACUUUGCUGGUUCCCUUUCCAGCAGCCUCCCCCACCUUCCAAACCACCUCCUCCACUGGGAGCCUGCUAAGCCCCCCUACACUGUUCUCUACCCCCCCCCCCCCCCCCACACACACACACCUACACUGCUGUUGUUUACAUCAGCCUGUGGGAGAAUUUCCUCUGGGAAGGAAUCUGUUCCUGCUGUGGUCUGGUGCCUAGGAGAGAAAAAACCUACUGGGGGCAGGGUGUCCUCCAUCUGGAAGAGGCCAAGUGAGCAUCAUGCAAACAGCCUCCAUCUUGUCCUGCCCAUAUUCUGGGUGAGGCCCCGGGCAAAUCUGACCUUUGGAAGUUUCCAUGGGACCACUAUAGCUUUUCCUUUUCCUUCCCCAUAACAAUGCCCCCCCCCCCCCCCCCCCCCGCAAAUAGCUGCUGCUCUAAGAUCCUGCCUUUCUAAAGCACUCUCUAAAGCCCCUUGGAUGGCAGGGUGAUAGGAAGAAAGCAGUCCAGGAAGAAGAAUCUCAGUGAGAGUGGGUCUAGGAUCUCUCAAGUUGGUAUCCAUUUAGCCUGAAUCUCUUUGAGAUACUUACCCUCCCUUGGAACCAGAGUCUGGUUGAGCAGAAAUAAACUAGUUUUAGAGAACCCACCAACAGGCUGCCAUGAAUUGAUGUAGAUUCUUGGGCAAUCACACAGGCCGGGUCAUCUCUGAUCACUGAUCACUAGAUGGAUAUAGCUCAGCCUAAAGAAUUUCAAAUGUGUUUUCCUCUGUAAUAAAGUCAAGAGCAGUUGGAUCUGGAGCUCAAGGCAAAUCUAAAUGAUUAAAAAAUCAAUUUGUGUGAAAGUC